GGAAAUGAAUAGAAUCGAGGAGGAGCAAACUGCUUUUGAAAUAGGGGUGGUGGUUCCAAAGAGGAAUGUGGAGGAAGAAAAUGAGGAUUGUAACUGUUUGGAGGUUCUUGUUGAUGAGUUCACGAAGGUUGGUUUGAUUGUUGAGAGAGUCCAAGGUGUUGCUGAUGAGUUCAUCAAGCUGGCAGCACCUUUGGAGACUUUGGGGAGGGCUGCUGCUGAGUUAAAAUUAAAGAAAAGGACCCAUAUUGGUAUGGAUCUACAAUUUGAAUGGGAGGAGGUUGAUGCUUUUGUGAAACAGCAUGAUGGUUCAUUGUUCAGUUGGUUUGAGCGUUUUCAUUGCUACAAUCACUUAAUAUAUGGGAUUGUGAACAAGAGCAAGUCAGCUGUAACUUUAACGUAUGAUGGAAAAGAGUUCUGCUGGGAAGUUGGUGAAAAUUUAGUUCCAAAAUUGGAAUCAGUGCAUUUCAUAAAACAAGUCUUUCCUUUGCAUGAUGAAAUGAAGAGGAAGAAACUCCUUAAGAAUUGGGCACUGAACUGGUGGGACAUUACAGACCAACCAAUCGAUGAGAUUUAUUCAUAUUUUGGGGCAAAGAUUGCAAUCUAUUUUGCUUUCCUUGGAAUGUAUACACGAUGGAUGUUCUUCCCAGCUGCAUUUGCUAUCACUGUGCAGCUGAUUGAUUUUGGGUCAUUGCAGUUAUUGGUGCUCCCUAUUUUCUUCAUAGGCAUAAUAUUAUGGGCUGUAAUGUUUUCCCAGUUCUGGAAACGUAAAAACUCCGCCCUUUUGGCCAGAUGGCAAAUCAGUUAUUCAGUUGGAGUGGAGCCCGGAUAUAAACUUCUGGGCAUGGAGUGGGGUUCCUUACAGUCACCUGUAAAAGCAUUAAGAAAAUGGGGGACUGAUAAAACAAAUGAGAAAGAAGUGUACCAAAGAAGUGAGUGGUUUGGACAUCUCCUGAGAUUCAGAAAUGAUGCUAUAGUUAUCAUGAGUAUUAUAUUCCUUCAGCUGCCAUUUGAGUUGGCAUAUGCUCAUCUUUACGAGGUUAUUGCCUCUGAUGUUAUGAAGUUUGGGCUGACAGCUGUUUAUCUGUUUGCUAUUCAGCGUUUUACACGGAUUGGAGGUAAGAUAUCGGUUAAGCUCAUUAAGUAUGAAAACAAUGAAACUGCAGAAAAAAGGGCUGACAGCUUGGUCUACAAGGUCUUUGGUCUUUAUUUCAUGCAGACAUAUAUUGGAGUUUUCUAUCAUGCUCUCUUGCACCGCAAUUUUUUGACUCUCCGCCAAGUCUUGAUUCAGCGUCUUCUUAUAUCUGAGGUUUUGGAGAACUUGUUGGAGAACUCUUUACCCUAUCUUAAGUACAGCUACAAAAAAUACAGAGUCCGAAAGAAGAAAAGACGUGAAAAAGGAUCAUCAACAGGGAAGAUCCAGUUUUCUUCAAGAGUAGAGAAAGAGUACCUGAAACCUUCUUACACAGCAAGCAUUGGUGAGGAGCUUGAAGAUGGGCUGUUUGAUGACUGUUUGGAGCUGGCUUUACAGUUUGGAAUGAUCAUGAUGUUUGCUUGUGCAUUCCCCCUCGCAUUUGCCUUUGCUACUUUGAACAACAUUACAGAAAUUAGAACAGAUGCAUUAAAGCUGCUUGCCAUGUUAAAAAGGCCUGUCCCUCGUGCUGCCACGACGAUUGGUGCUUGGCUGAACAUUUUUCAGUUCCUGAUAGUAAUGUCAAUAUGCACCAACUGCGCAUUUCUAGCAUGGUUUUAUGAUCAUGAGGGGAAAUGGAGCAUAGAGCCUGGACUUGCAAUAAUUUUGGUCAUUGAACAUAUCCUCCUGUUGAUUAAGUUUGGAUUCUCCCGCUUUGUUCCUGAGGUGACUCUUGUCUCUUUUGAACCUGCGUGGGUUAGAGCCAAUCGUGUGAAAAAUGCCACACAGGCACAGGAUGUGUGUUCAAAACAGCUCUUGAGAACCAUUUCUGGUGGCAGAAAGAUGUUUGGCAAGGUAAAAGAGAGUGAGAAGAAUGACUUGUGACCUUCUCAAUUUCUUCUCCACUGCAUUUAUGGCACAAAAGAAGAAAAGGAACCAGAGGUUUUUUCCUGUAAUAGUUCUUUGGAGCUGAUCAAAGUUUUGAGGUCUCCAUGUAGAGAAUUCUUGUACAUUUGGCUCAAUCUUGUUCUACACUUUGGUGGAUAAUAGUUUUCUUUUAGGAAAAUUUUGCAUAGGGAUUUCUAGAAUGCAUGCUUCAUUUAUGAGGAGGAUUUAAAGCAAGAUGUGAUCUUUCUAAGCAGAGCCUUAGAAAAUAUUCUCCUGUUUUUUUCUUUUUUUCUUUUUUCUUUUUUUACAGUUGUUAUCUGUAUUAUAAUUGACCCAAAAAAAACACAAAAGACAAGGUAGAAAAGUUUUGAUAAAUAUAUAUACAUCAAAUUUGUU